UUGAUUGUUAUGUAAUUAACGAUUUGAUUGCUUCCGAACAGAUCCAGAAGAAUGCCAUUCGACGCCACGGGGUUUGCUAAGGAUUUCAUUGCCGGCGGUGUGUCUGCGGCCGUCUCGAAGACAGCGGUGGCGCCCAUCGAGAGAGUGAAACUCCUUCUUCAGGUACAGCACGCGUCCAAACAGAUCGAAGAGAGCAAGAGAUAUAAAGGUAUUAUCGAUGCGUUUGUGCGGAUCCCCAAAGAACAGGGAGCCAUCGCCUACUGGAGGGGAAAUCUGGCGAAUGUUAUCCGAUAUUUCCCGACUCAAGCGCUGAACUUCGCGUUCAAAGACAAGUAUAAACAAGUGUUUUUGGGCGGAGUCGACAAAAAGACACAGUUUUGGCGAUACUUUAUGGGAAACUUGGCCUCCGGUGGAGCCGCCGGUGCGACCUCUCUAUGCUUUGUGUAUCCGUUAGACUUCGCCCGAACCCGAUUGGGCGCUGAUGUCGGCAGAAGCGGUGCUGAGCGACAGUUCAAGGGUUUGGGCGACUGUUUGGUGAAAGUAUUCAAAUCCGACGGAAUUAUUGGACUUUACCGGGGAUUCAAUGUCUCGGUUCAGGGUAUAAUCAUCUACAGAGCGGCGUACUUCGGAUUCUUCGACACGGCUAAGGGUAUGCUUCCGGACCCGAAGAACACACCACUAGUGAUCUCAUGGAUGAUCGCGCAGUGCGUGACGACAGUGUCGGGCAUAAUCUCGUACCCCUUCGACACUGUGAGGCGGCGAAUGAUGAUGCAGUCGGGCGUCGCUAAGAAUGAGCGCAUGUAUAAGAAUACGAUCCACUGUUGGGGCAAAAUCGCCAAAACCGAGGGCUCGAAGGCCUUCUUUAAGGGCGCCCUCUCUAACGUAUUCCGAGGCACUGGCGGUGCGUUUGUCCUCGUUUUGUACGAUGAGAUCAAAGGACUUUUAGGAUAAACUCAAACUAAUGUUAGCAUUAAUUAUAAUUUUCUCGCAAAUCAAUGAUAAUAACAAUUGUCUCAAAAAACCAAUUAUUUAAAGAAUUCUCUAUUUUUUAGGCCAUAGAAUAAUAUUUAGAAAAUACUGUUUUUUCUUCUCUCAGAAAAUCAUUGUUUUAUGACAUUGUAUUUGACGGCACUCUUCGGGAUCUUUGUUUCGGGAACUUAUCUCUCAAUUAUAAUUACAAAUACUUUCUGUCAUUAAUUUUGUUGUUUUUAAGUUUGAGUUUUUGAUUUAAAUCAAGAUUUGAAAUAAUGUUUUUAGACAACAGAAACGAGAACUUUUAAUUUAAUGUACAUUUUAAACGAUCAUAAUUAUAGCUAAACGUAUGAUUAAAACACUGUCUUAAUUGACAACAAUUAUGGAAAUGAAAUAAAAAUCGGAAAAAUUUUA